ACUUGAGGGUUUAGGGGGAGGGGAAGGCGGCUUGAGGAGUCAGCAUCAGAGCCUUUGGGCCAUAGGGUUCUGCUGUGAGAGGAUCCAGAGUGGGGAGAUCCGAGGAGCCUGAGACUGAAUGUGUCUGAGAAGGCUCAGAAUGAGGCGACUGGAAAGGCUUGAGACGGGAGGAGGGUCUAAAGGGGCCCUGGAUACUGUUAGAGCCUAGCUCAUGAUCGCAGGACCGAAGUUGUUACGAUGAGUCUCAGAUUAUGAAGUUGAAAGGGGAUUCUGGGGGUUACAGCUCGGGGGUAUGUUUGGAACUCUUGAUCGCUGUGCAGUCAAUAUUCUAUUGAAUCAAUAAUGUGGAGACAAUGUUCUCUGAAUCACUCGGAGAGGGCAGAUAUGUGGAGUUUGGUGGGCGCUUGUUGAAUGCAGUGUGGGUGCAUGCUCUGAUGCUCCUGUGUCUGGGUUAUGGAGGUUUUGGGUUCACUGGGUGACUUUUGAGUUGUUGAGUGCUCAGGUUUUAGAAGCCAAGUGAGUUUCACUGGAAGACUGAGGACUGGGUGUAUGGAGUUGAUGUCCAUGGAAGAUCAGCAUGCGAGGGUCCCAGCCCUCGAACCGUUCUUGGUGGAGCAGGCACCACCUGUGAUCUACUAUGUCCCUGACUUCAUCUCCAACGAAGAGGAGGAAUAUUUGCUUCGACAGGUCUUCAAUGCCCCAAAACCAAAGUGGACCCAGCUUUCUGGAAGGAAGUUACAAAAUUGGGGUGGGCUCCCCCAUCCCCGGGGGAUGGUUCCUGAGCGGCUGCCCCUGUGGCUCCAGCGAUACGUGGACAAAGUGUCUGACCUCAGCCUUUUUGGGGGUCUCCCAGCCAACCACGUCCUCGUGAACCAGUACCUGCCUGGGGAGGGCAUCAUGCCCCACGAGGACGGGCCGCUCUACUACCCGACUGUUAGCACCAUCAGCCUGGGCUCUCACACCAUGCUGGACCUCUACAAGCCAAGGCAGCCAGAGGAGGAGGAUGGCCCAGCAGAGCAGCCCCGGCAGCCACCCAGACCCACGACCUCACUGCUGCUGGAACCGCGCAGCCUGCUGGUACUCCGUGGCACCGCUUACACCGGCCUCCUCCACGGCAUCGCAGCCGCCAGUGUGGACGAGCUGGACGCCACUUCUCUGCCGCCCAACGCAGCCGCCUGCCGCUUGGCGCAGCCCGGGGCCCGCCUGGUCCGGGACACCCGCAUCUCGCUGACCAUCCGCCGGGUGCCCCGAGUGCUGCGCACCGGCCUCCUGCUCAGCAAGUGACACUGCCCCGGCGGGGGGGGGGGGGGGGGGGGGGAGGACCUGCUGGGAUUCCUAGGCACUGGGACACCUUCAGCCCUGUGACCUUGGAACCCCAGGAUAUACGCCUAUUCUCCCCAGUUUAUUUAUUUUUUCCAAUCGGUUUGUGGUGAUCUCAAUAGAAGACCCCAUUUCAAAUAAACCAACAAAUAACCUGUC